CAACCUUAAGUCCAUAUUAUCUACUUCUUUGGUCACUUCUUCCAGGUACACAGGUCUCCAUGAGUCGUAGGCAGGACCUGGACCAUGCUUUCAAAGGCACCCGAUUCCCUUGGACCCAACAGAGGAUGGAGUUUGUCCUCAAUGAACUCAUCUCUAGGCAUAAGAAGUAUAAGGCUUAUACCAAGCUGAUAGAUGUUUACAUCAUAUUGGCAGAGAAGAUCGGAGCCACUCCUAGAAUUGUGGAGAACUUCAUCAAAAACUUGGGGCGGGAUUACCGAGAAUGGAUGAAGGUGAAUCCCAACUGCGAUCGCGACACGAUGACCCUCCGUGGAUCAAACACCAUCUUUAAGAUGUUUGAAGAAUACAAUAGGAUUUACUCGAGUGAGGAUUCGUCGAAUAGCUUUCAGAAUAAAUUAUCAGAGUACACCUUGGACGAACAGGACAGCUUGGUAACCAUACCUGAUGGAAAGAAUGAAGACGAUGACAGCCCUCAAUAUGUAGAAAUAAUUGAUGCCGACUUGAAGGAAGAGCCAGGACUUGAGGAGGAUAAUGCUGCUUUUCAGAUCACAUCGGUCACAAGUAUAACAUCUCCGGCUAGAAGUGACAAUCCACCCUCUCCAAUCCCACCACCGCCUCCACUGCCAAGGGUUCCAAAGUCACAAGGAAGGCGAUCUAUGGUGACAAUGCCAGUAACGGAACCAUCUUCUGUUGCUGCCUUAAGGCAGCACGAGUCGGCGGGCCUUCAGGACAUUGUAGCAAUGCAGAAGGACAGGGAUCAAGUUGCCCAAAUGACACACAUGAACCCUCAAUCAGCUGGAAAUGUCCAUACUCCCUCUCCCGUUUCCAAUUCUGCAUACGUGUCAGCAACAAACCCAGGUCUGCUGUCCACCAUCUCUUCACUCCCAUCUCUGCAGCAUCCGCAGUUCCAUAUUCCACAAGGCCAGACUUCAUCUCAAGGUGUUGGUUCCAGCUUCAUCCCUCUUCAUCUCAUCCAAAACGGAGGAAUCCCUCCUUCUGUGUACACAACCCAAUCUUCAGGAUCCUCCAUUCCUUCUGCAGAAGUACGAAGCACUACUCCUGGCACGUCAAACAAGCGUCCACUGAAGACCUCUUACGACACCCAGCCCCAUUCCUCGAAGAAGAGCCGUUCAAGUAACGUGCCACUUGUUGCAGAGAACUUGCCAGAUGGUAUGAGUGAAUUUGAGAAUCGCUAUUUACAGGCUUUGGACACCCAAAAUAAGAUGCUGUCCGAUAUUGGGAGGGAGCUAAAGCUUCUUAGGACUGGAUUCUUUGCUAUUCAUUCUGAUGAUAUAGCUGACAUGGUGAACCCUAACAUGCAUUAGUGUCAUCACAUGCAAAUGUCAUGUACAUGUGUACAUGCAACAUAAAAGUGUCGAUACAAUAU